AUGAAGGGCCCUCUUCAUCAUCAUCUUCAGCUGGAGAUCAUGUCAACUCAUUGCUUUGUGGAGGCCUGCAGUCAAGCCCAGAAUGAUGACAGCCAAGUGAAGAGGGGAGGAGGAGAAGUGGAGCACAACCAGGCUGCAGUAAUACAGUUGUCUCCUGCACAUGAUGUCAUACAGGUUGAGAGGGCAGAAGAUGGACUGAUGAAGGUCCAGGGGAAGGAUAAGCAGUCUGUUAGGAAAGAGGGGCAGCAUAUCAAGGAGCCCCGAGGUUCUGGGCCUUACUUCUUCUUUGGAGGAGCCAAUGGGGCUAAAAUAGUGAGUGCUUACUGUGAGAGAAGAGGAUGGCAGAGGAUAUACAACAAGCAAAGGGAUGACUUCAUCCUCAAGUGGUGUGAGACCAAAUCUCCACGCACAUACCUCAAUUUCAGAGAAGGAGAACAACUAGUGUAUCAGAUCCCCAACAACAAAGUGCUCACCACCAAGAUUGGCCUGCUCAGCAGUCUGAGGGCAUAUGAGCGAGUCAGCUGCAAAGUCAACCAUGGCCAAGCGCUUAGGAAGCUGAAAAUUGAGUUUAUUCCUACAACCUUCCGUAUGGAUUUGAAGGAAGAGCGAGAGGCUUUCUUUGCUCAGCAGGAGGGUGCGAACAACAAUUUCAGUCAAAUGUGGAUCUGCAAGCCCACGGGUCUGAACCAGGGCAGAGGGAUCUUUCUGCUGAGAAGCAUGGAGGACAUUGGCACCUUGAAGCUGAAGCUGCAACACAUGGACGACCUGCGGGCCAACACGAAGAUGCUUCACCGCCAGCCUCAGGCUUACGUCGUCCAACAUUACAUCCAGAGGCCUCUGCUGUUAAGAGGAAAGAAGUUCGAUGUCCGCUCUUAUCUCCUAAUCGCAAGCACGUCACCUUACAUGGUCUUCUUUCGCCACGGAUACGUCCGACUGACCUGUGACCACUAUGACCCCAGCUCCAAUAAUCUCUCAGCCCACCUGACCAAUCAGUACAUGCAGAAGAAGAACCCUUUGUACAGCCACAUGAAGGAAGACACUGUGUGGUCCAUGGAGUGCUUCAACGCCUAUGUCAACGACUGGUUUCAGGUUGCCAAGGCUCUACCGAGGGACUGGGUGCUGGGGGCCUUCACGAGGUGCAUGCAGCAGAUCAUGACACAGUGUUUCUUUGCCGUCAAACCCAAGUUGGACCGGAGGCUGGGUUUCUUCGACCUCAUAGGUUGUGACUUCAUAGUGGACGAGGACUUCAAGGUGUGGCUUUUGGAGAUGAGCUGUAAUCCAGCUCUCCAUGUGAACUGUGAGGUGCUGAAGGAGGUGAUACCCAGCACUGUAGCGGAGACGCUGGAUUUAACUCUUGAAAUCUUCGACAAGUGCCGUCUCAGAAAGCCGAUCCUGCCUUUGGCCUGUCAGGGAGAGUUUGUGGUCUUGUAUAAUGGACUUUGUAGCUCGGAUUCCAACGAUCACAUUGAAAAAGGCCGCAAAGUCACCAAAAAGAGCCAAAAGACCAAACCCAAAAAGUCAGUGAAAUACAACGCAACUGAGACACCAUCUACAUCUCUGGACAGCCCUUCAAAACAUCGCCACCAUGUCUGCCAAGUCCUUCAGCGUCUCCUUGAGAACCGUCUCUUUGUCAAGCCUGAGAAAUGCGAAUUCCACCUUACCUCCAUGCACUUCCUGGGAUACAUUAUCGCCAAGGGACAACUACAAUCGGACCCAGCGAAGAUUCAGUCGUUGAUUGGCCCAUUCCCUCGACCCAUAAAGAGCUGCAACGUUUCCUGGGAUUUGCCAAUUUCUACCGAAGAUUCCUCCUGGACUCCUGCUGCAUCCCAAGCCAUCGAGCGCCUCAAAGAACUAUUCACCAGUGCCCCCAUCCUGAGACACCCUCUGGACCCCCCUCCAAUUUGUUGUGAAGUUGAAUACCCGUCAAGCUCGUUGGGCACUAGCCGAUUUAAUUUCAGCCUCUCCUUCCGCCCUGGUUCUCGUAACAGCAAGCCUGAUGCCCUCUCUCGCCUCCAUUCCCCCCCUUCAAACCAGAGCCCAUACUUCCUGCCUCCUUCGACGUGGGAGAUUGAACGGGUGGUUAAGGAGGCUCAGAAGUCACAACCGGAUCCCAAGACCGGACCUCCUAAUCCGUUGUUCGUGCCCAAUUCCGUGCAAUCUGACGUUCUCCAGUGGAGAUCAUCCAAUCAUCCUGCCUUUACGGUGUCUCGGGGGUUCCAGUUUCUUGUAGACUGGGAAAGGUAUGGGAAGGAGCGCUCUUGGAUCUCUAGCAAGCUCAUUCUGGAUUACUCCUUGAUUAGGGACUUUGAUGCUGAGCACCCUGAGAAGCCUGGGAGGAUGCCAGGAGGCGUCCGUUGA